AUGGCGGCGGCGGGCCUGCGGCCUGAGGCCGGGAGCCCGCAGUGGGCGCCGGCGGAGCGGGACCCGGCGGCGGCGGCCCGGCCGGCGGACGGCGAGGACGCGCCGGUGCGGCCGCUGUGCAAGCCCCGCGGCAUCUGCUCGCGCGCCUACUUCCUGGUGCUGAUGGUGCUGGUGCACCUGUACCUGGGCAACGUGCUGGCGCUGCUGCUCUUCGUGCACUACAGCGACGGCGGCGGCGGCCCCGCGGCCCCGCGCCGCGCCCCCGGCCCGCCGCCCGCGCCCGCGCCCGCGCCGCUCGCCCGGCUCGAGGGCAUCAAGGUGGGACACGAGCAGAAGGUCCAGCUGGUGGCCGACCGGGACCACCUCGUCCGGACCCUGAGCCUCAAGCCGCUGCUCUUCGAGGUGCCCGGCUUCCUGCGGGACGAGGAGUGCCGCCUCAUCGUGCACCUGGCGCAGAUGAAGGGGCUGCAGCCCAGCCAGCUGCUGCCCACGGAGGAGUUUGAGGAGGCCAUGGGCGCCGUGCAGCUCCACCCGCUGGACCUCUUCCGCCUGCUGGACCGCAACCACGAUGGCCGCCUGCAGCUCGGCGAGGUCCUGGCCCAGACCCGCCUGGGGAGCGGGCGCUGGAUGACUCCGGAGACCGUGCAGGAGAUGUACGCCGCCAUGAAGGCCGACCCUGACGGAGACGGUGUGCUGAGCCUGCAGGAGUUCGCCGCCAUGGACCUCCGGGACCUCCGCACCUUCAUGAAGAGGCACCGGGCGGAGAGCGGCGAGCUGGUGCGGAACAGCCACCACACGUGGCUCUACCAGGGGGAAGGCGCCCACCACGUCAUGCGGUCCAUCCGCCAGAGGGUGCUGCGCCUCACCCGCCUGCCAGCCGAGGUCGUGGAGCUCAGCGAGCCCAUGCAGGUGGUGCGGUACGGCGAGGGUGGCCACUACCAUGCCCACGUGGACAGCGGGCCUGUGUACCCAGAGACCAUCUGCUCCCACACCAAGCUGGUCACGAACGAGUCUGUGCCCUUCGAGACCUCCUGCCGCUACGUGACCGUGCUGUUCUACCUGAACAACGUCACGGGCGGCGGAGAGACGGUCUUCCCUGUGGCCGACAACAGGACCUAUGACGAGACGAGUCUGGUCCAGGACGGCGUGGACCUCCGUGACACCCGCAGGCACUGUGACAAGGGCAACCUCCGGGUCAGACCCCAGCAGGGCACGGCCGUCUUCUGGUACAACUACCUGCCUGACGGGCAAGGCUGGGUGGGCGACGUGGACGAAUACUCGCUGCACGGGGGCUGCGUGGUCACUCGUGGCACCAAGUGGAUCGCCAACAACUGGAUCAACGUGGACCCCAGCCGAGCGCGGCAGGCGCUGUACCAGCAGGAGAUGGCGCGCCUGGCCCGCGAAGGGGCCGCCGACGCGCAGCCCGAGUGGGCCCUGGACCGCGCCUACGGCGACGCGCGCGUGGAGCUCUGA